CCACAGGGUUCAAAGGGAAGAGGCGAGGAGCCUGAGGCCCCGGCCCCGCAGCCAAUGAAUAGCCGGGGGAGGAGCUUGGCGCCCGGGCCGGCCAGGGACUGGUCCCCGCGGGGCGCCCUGGGCUCGGAGCUGCGCGUCCCUUCCCGCGGAACACAGCGAGUGCGGAGCGCUGCAGACCUUCGGAAGCGUGGGCCGGGCUUGCCGCGGAGCUCGAGCUUCUAGACGAGUCGCUCUGGACGAAGCGGGCUCGGGCAGCGGGGACGAUGACACAGAUGCUGAACGCGGCCGCCGGUCGCGGGAGAUGGACCAGGUCCGGCGCUGCUGGGAGGGCCGCCUGCCUGCUGGCUGCCGCCUAUGCCCUCAAAACCCUCUACCCCGCCGUUGGCAGGCGUUGGAAGCUGCCUGGCCCGCGGACGGAGAAGGAACCAGCCUACCCGGCCGCGGACGGCAGGGGAAUGCUGCAUUGCACGGAGACGGUCCGCAACAGACCUGCGCCCGGGGUGAAUGCAGAUUUCUUCAAACAGCUACUGGAACUUCGGAAAAUUCUCUUUCCGAAACUUGUGACCACUGAAACUGGAUGGCUCUGCCUGCACUCAGUGGCUCUGAUCUCAAGAACAUUUCUCUCUAUCUAUGUGGCUGGUUUGGAUGGAAAAAUCGUGAAAAGCAUUGUGGAGAAGAACCCUCGGGCUUUCAUCAUCAAACUAAUCAAGUGGCUUAUGAUUGCCAUUCCUGCCACCUUUGUCAACAGUGCCAUAAGGUACCUGGAGUGCAAACUGGCCUUGGCCUUCAGAACUCGUUUGGUAGACCAUGCCUAUGAAACCUACUUUACAGAUCAGACUUACUAUAAGGUGAUAAAUAUGGAUGGGAGGCUGGCAAACCCUGACCAGUCUUUGACUGAAGACAUCAUGAUGUUCUCCCAAUCCGUGGCUCACUUGUACUCCAACCUGACCAAACCUAUUUUAGACGUUGUGCUCACCUCCUACACCCUCAUCCAGACUGCUACAUCCAGAGGUGCAAGCCCAGUAGGGCCCACCCUGCUAGCAGGACUUGUGGUGUAUGGCACUGCUAAAGUGCUGAAAGCCUGCUCUCCCAGGUUUGGCAAACUGGUGGCUGAGGAGGCCCAUAGAAAAGGCUACCUGAGGUAUGUUCACUCCAGAAUCAUAGCCAACGUGGAGGAGAUUGCCUUUUACAGGGGGCACAAGGUAGAAAUGAAGCAGCUCCAGAGAAGUUACAAAGCUUUAGCUUAUCAGAUGAACCUUAUUUUAUCCAAACGCUUGUGGUACAUCAUGGUAGAGCAGUUCUUAAUGAAGUACGUUUGGAGCAGCUGUGGACUAAUUAUGGUGGCUAUACCUAUCAUCACUGCAACGGGCUUUGCAGACGGUGAUCUGGAGGACGGCCAAAAGCAGGCCAUGGUUAGCGAUCGAACGGAAGCCUUCACGACUGCCCGAAAUUUAUUGGCCUCAGGAGCUGAUGCUAUUGAAAGAAUUAUGUCUUCAUAUAAAGAGAUUACUGAGCUAGCAGGCUAUACUGCUAGGGUCUACAACAUGCUUUGGGUCUUUGAUGAGGUAAAAAGAGGCAUUUACAAGAGAAGUCCUAUCACUCAAGAGCCUGAAAACCACAGCAAGAGUGGCAGUGAUAUAAAGUCACCCCUCAGUGACACCCUGGCCAUCAGAGGAAAAGUUAUUGAUGUGGAUCAUGGAAUUACUUGUGAAAAUGUUCCCAUAAUUACACCAGCAGGAGAGGUGGUGGCUUCCAGACUAAACUUCAAAGUAGAAGAAGGAAUGCAUCUUUUGAUAACUGGUCCGAAUGGCUGUGGGAAAAGCUCUCUCUUCAGAAUUUUAAGUGGACUGUGGCCUGUGUAUGAAGGAGUCCUUUAUAAACCACCUCCUCAGCACAUGUUCUAUAUUCCACAGAGGCCCUAUAUGUCUCUCGGAAGUCUUCGGGAUCAAGUCAUUUAUCCUGACUCAGUGGAUGACAUGCAUGAUAAAGGUUAUACAGACCAAGACCUAGAGUGCAUUCUGCACAGUGUCCACCUCUACCACAUAGUCCAAAGGGAAGGAGGAUGGGAUGCUGUUAUGGACUGGAAAGAUGUCCUAUCAGGAGGGGAAAAGCAAAGAAUGGGUAUGGCACGGAUGUUUUACCAUAAACCGAAGUACGCACUGCUGGAUGAGUGCACCAGUGCUGUGAGCAUUGACGUGGAAGGGAAGAUAUUCGAGGCUGCGGUGGGGGCCGGGAUCUCCUUGCUGUCCAUAACACACAGACCUUCUCUGUGGAAAUACCACACUCAUUUAUUACAGUUUGAUGGCGAGGGAGGUUGGCACUUUGAACAGCUGGACACUGCUGUCCGUUUAACACUGAGUGAAGAAAAGCAAAAGCUCGAGUGUCAGCUGGCUGGAAUUCCCAAGAUGCAGCAGAGACUCAAUGAACUACGGAAAAUUCUGGGAGAAGACUCGGUGCUAAGAACCAUCCAAAGCGAAGAUGAGACAUCCUAAUUAUUGUGGCAUGCUCUAAGUCGACUUCGGUGAAGGCUCAGGACUGCUAAACUGCAUGCAGUCUGUUAAGAUAGCAAAGCCAGCAUCAUGAAGUAUGUGAUAACUUUCCGGAAGAAAAUAAACAGAUGCGUUAUGCAAGAGCCAUUGUUAUGACUUACACUAAUUCCCAGUGAAAGGCUAAUUCACCUGGAAAACGGAAUUUUCAUGGUCUGAGGUUCUUCAGAGAGGGUGAAAUCUCCAAGAUAUGACAAAGAGCAGUAUUGGGUUGGUAUCAGGAGCUUUGAGAGUUGUCUCAGUUGAUCUUGGGUUUAAUACCUGAAAUCCAUCCACCAAUGCUAGUAGCCAACUAAAUCCGUGUACAAAGUAACCAAAGUUUGAUAAAUCAUUUCAAUAUGAAGAAAUAAUUUAAUGACAUUGGUUAAAAACACUCAUGGCUAACCAUGUAUAAAGGCUAUAUUUUUCUUUACUUUGAGCAUCUUAAUUCAGGCACAAAAAUUAACUUUAGUAAGAGUCAUGCUUAUUGGUUAAUAAACCUUUUACUUUUAAAUAGAAUCGCCAAUGCAGAGAGGGUGUAUCCAAGCAGAGCUACUCGCUGGCUGCUUCGCUCUGCAGCGUCGGCUUCUGUCCAGAACUACUGCUUGUUUGUACCCAAGGAAGCGUUUUUGAAAGGGCGUUGUCAUGCUGAUACAGAUUUGAAACCACAGUUGUAAGCACAUACCCAUUUCACUUUAGUCUUUUCAGACUGUUUUUUCUCAUUUGCUUCUGAAAAUGGACCUCAGAUUUACCUUAAUCAUGUGAUUGAUUUCAGAAGAGUUGGCGAGGUCAGAUAAGUUCUCCCGAGUCUCUGAUUCAGGGAUGUUACCACGAUUGCCCUUUAAAUUAACUAAGCUGGGACUAGAGAGAUGGCUUGGAAGUGAAGAGCACUGAC